AUGGGAUCAACCUCAAGCUGCUUUAAACAUUAACAAGUCAAUUAAAACGAAUUUUAGAUUCCUAUGAUUGUAAAGUAAUAGCUCAUACAAUAAUGUCCAACAAAAUAAAAUUUCCUCAUCUAACCAAUAUACGGUUUAGGUGAAAAAUCAGAAUCCAUAGAAGAGCUUGAAGCAAUUCUUUAAUAACCUUAAGCCAACUUUAAUUUCAAUUAAACCGCAACAUUCCACAGCAAUAGUAAUUUUCAGGAUUCUUAGAAAGGAAAGCAACCCCUUCUUAAUUAAUAAGAAUCUCAAUGCAAAUAAAGUGUAAACAAAAAAGACAAUUAAAAUCAAAUCCAAUGUCUACAUUCAACAGAAGAAAACCAUCAACCAUAAGAUAAGAAUAAGGGGAAAUUAAACUGUUCAACUUAAAAAAGAAAAUCAUUUAGCAGAAGCUUAAGUAACUUCAAAUAAUAAAAAUGUGAAUGGAAGGAUGAUUGUUCUUAAAAAUAGAAAGAUUCAGAUUAGAAUACAAUUAAAAGCAUUUUGAAGAAAAAAUCAGCAAACAAAAAUCAAAAAUAAUUACUAUACAAAAGAGGAUAGAGUUUAAAGUAAAAAUCAAAUUUUGUUGAAGUGGAUGACACCGAAUCUCAAAAUACAAAUAAGAUGUAAAAGAAAAAAGUAAAAUUUGAUCCAAAAAUCUUUAGAUAAAAAAAUACUCAUUUUUUUUAAUGA